UUCGGUCAACCAUAGCACCUUCGCAUUCAGCUGGUUAGCAAGUAGCUGGAGCUGGUGGGGCUCUUUAGGGUGAGCUGCAAAACCAGCCUACGAGCAGAGCUCGCUGGCCUGAGUUUGUUUGCAAGGGACGUUGAGUUGCAAAGGUGGUGAGGGGAGAGCUUGUAAUAGAAUUCCAGAAAGCUGCACUGCAGCCGGACUGCUAACAAAAGGAUCCAGCCUGCAGCCUUGCGUUGCUCCUACAGCCAGAGCAGGGUUUUUCUUCUAGAGCCAAGAGCAGAAAACACGAAUCGCUUCACCUCUGCCCAUACUGCCAUCUCUUGGAAUGGAAGCAAAACUGGAAACCUGCUGAUAGAAUCUCACAGCGCGGCACAAAGGGAAAAGGAACCACUUCUGGAGCAGCUCACUUGAGCACAAAGGCUGGAGAGGUUGAGCCAGAAUGUCUUCUGAAGUCUUUCUGAAGGAAAUGCAAACCAUUGGCGAGAAGCUUCUCCUUAAGCUCCAGAAACUGCCCAAGGCUGACCCUGUGGAGAUCGUGUCCUUCUGUGUGGUGCUCCUGUUUAUCGUUACUGUUCUGGUGCUGAUGAUCAUUGCUUGCAGCUGCUGCUGCUAUAGCUGCUGUAGCUUCAGUGAGGGUCCUGACCACAGACGUAGGAAGGCCCAAGUCCGCCCGACUGCGCAUCCAUGAAGUGCAUCAAGAGGUGACAUAAACCCAUUAUCAAGGACAUGCAUGGACAUCAUGAUUCAGUCCCAAGGGAAUGACUCUCAGCACUAAUGCACUGGAAAUGGCAUUAACAAUAUUAAUGAGUAUCACUCAGAGGACCAGAAAUCACGGCAUGAAAUUCAUUCUUUCUCUGACAGCUACUGCUGGGCUCCAUGGUGUGAGCAGAAAGGUAACACAACUUUACCAUAACUGUCUCCCUGUUCAGGGUGGGCUGGGAGUGCACAGAUACCUGCUUCUGAUAAAACAGACACACUUACCCAAUAACAGUCCUGCAGCUGGGCUAGCCAAGGGUUCCUUUUGUGAGCAUCAGGCCACAGACCAACACAGAGAAUGUGUGAGCUGCCAUGUGGCCAGAGAGCACCUACUAUCUUCACAAGUGGCUAAUCCAGAAGGAUGAUGCUGGGUGCUAGCAAAACCACUGACAUCGCUGGGAUGCUGACAUGCUCAGUACAUCUUGGAUCAAGCCCCAACCUGCUCUCUCAAAAGCCAUGUGCAAUAGACACCUUUAGCUGAGAUGACUGCUGAAAACAACAAAUUGUCAACCUUCUGAUGUAAAUAUAUCUUCUGAGGCUCCGUGUACAGCUCCCUGACUACAAAUGCUCCCUGCCUUAUUUCGUCAGUGUCACGAUGUGAAAUUGUCCAAAAGAAAAAUCAGAUCACGUGCAAUACCCUCUGUAAACAGAAAGUUGAAGGCAUUUGGGAAAAAUUCACUGAUGUUACAGUUUAAUUUGAUAAACGUGCUUCCUCCCAGCUCCCAUGUGGUAGUUAGAUCUUUCAUGAAUUCAGCUCUCCUGCAUAUUGCAGGUGAGUGGUCCUUAGAGCAUGGGAGUUACAGGAGACAGACAAACCCCCAUCCUUACUUGAGGGACCUGUAUGCCUGACUCAGUGCACUGUGUGCAGCUUAUUUCAGUGGACAUAAACAAUAUGCCUAAGGUAUGUUUAUUAGCAGACACAAAGGCAUUUCAAAGGAGUGACACGCAGUAUGGUAAUUGUCACUUCAGGGUAUACAUGCAGCAGCUGACAGCUGGCAUUGUGACAAAGCACGGCCAAGAAUGGCCUGUACAGCUGAAGUUACCAAGUGAAAAUAAAACCCUAUUCCAUGCUGCAGCCACUGUGUAUGUUUGGUUUACACUGCGCUGAACUUUUAGGAAUUUCUCUAAGUACAAGGCUGUGGUGCAGACAAGGACUUUCGUAACUGGGACAGCCAAAUGCAAGAUCAUCGUAUUGCAUCUAACUCUGCAAGCCACUGGGCUUCUUUUCAGCCCAAAGUGUGAGAACAGUCACCUUUAUGAGAAGGUAUAAAAAGCUGAGUACUCAAAGAUAAGCCAUCUUCUAACCCUCGCAUUCCACAUUCUAAGUGCACAGGAGUCAAAGGGAUUACACAUAUGUACACUAGAACCAAGUCCAGCAAGAGAAAAAAGAAUCAAGUUUUUAACAGUGGGAUUUUAAGUAUUUUCAUGCUUCAGAAGGGACAACAAAAUGGGAACUUUGUAAAGAGACCUCUUUUCUCUGACGCCUGGCCCAAAUUACUAGAAUGCAUGUUACAUCAGCAGCUUCUCAUGUAUUUAAUGCACUUAAAAAAAAAAAAAUUAGGUAUAUUGCAUUUUUUUCCAGUUGCAUAUUGGAAUAAAUCUGCAGCCACCAACACACAGAAUAGUCCAAACGUUCUGACAAAGUUCCUCAAACCAGCAACGUUACUUUAAAAUUAAUUAAAAACAAAACAGAAACAACAUUUUAAAAAAACUAACUAAAACCAACAACCUUCCAGCAGAAAAUGGGGAUGUUCCUUAGAAACUAAGCAUUUGAGCCCCAACUUGAUAACUGCAAUAAAACGAGGACUGUACCUGUAUAAGCUGCUGCACACACAGCCACGUUAAGGCCAACAAAUUGCUGGCCUUUAUUAUGCUGUCCCAAAGCUGCCACUUCCAACAAAUAUUCUAGGAUAGGCUAAGCUGAGGCAUGGCAUCAAUUUACUGCAUUCAACACGCUGAGAUGCAUCCCAUUAACCUCUCUGUCAGAUGUUUUUGCACAUUUCAUUUACAAACAAGUGACAAUCAAGGUGACACAGGGAGCCUCAGAACCCCUCUUUUUUGCAGUAGACAGACUCAGCAGACAUUUCAGUUUCUAAGCUAAAUCACAAGACCUGUGAAAGAACAGAGCUUACUUUCUUUCUUUCCUAGCCUGUGCUAGACAGUGCCAGCUCCAGCAGUUAACAGAAUCCCAUUGAGAAAUGUUUCAGCAGCAUGGAACCAGGCUGUGCUAACAGUUAGGAGGAAGCUCAGCAGGCUGGAAACAUACCAACAGCUCUGACAGGUUGCUGUCAAUGGGAACGAGCUGCCAGGCGCUAUUGCGAAAGGAAAGCCACAGCUACAUUUUCCCAGUCGUGUUACAAGUUAAACCACUGACAGAUACAAGGCAGGGGAUAAGAGAAAUUGCUCCUUUCUUAUUUUCCCACUGUAAGUUCAUGAAUUAGAAGCAGAGAAUAGAUACAGUGCUGUUAGGGAAAAAAAAAACAGAGAGAAGGAAAGAAAAUUAAGCAAUUUUGUAAAGAAUGCAUCUGGCUUUUGGAGAAGCCACAAAGGAGAGAAGGGGCCAUGGGCCAAUUUCUGCACAGUUGCCUGCACCUGACAUUUUUUGUUGCUGCUUUGUUUCAUCCUUUAUUCACACAAAGGGACCUGGAAUGCCCUGAGCACUAGUGAGGAUGGAUCCUCUGUUUCAGAAAGCACAGAGGAGGACAGACUACUGAAAAACUGUUUCAAACACAGCAGUUUGAGUGAGCCCGGAAGAAACUGCAAGGGGAAACAGUUACUUCAGUCCUGAUGGUACAAGUGUUGGAAUUGCCUCUUUUCCUGAGAAACCCAAAGUAGAUCACAGCCUCUACAGAAGAAGCAGCUAAAGCUUUAAUGACCGUUUAAUGGAAUAGCUUCUAUUCUGUAACAUCAUCUGUCAGGUUUCAAAGAGACUUGCUUGGCUUGUGAAAAGGAGGUUUCCUUCCACUCAUAUCACUCCAAUCUUCCUUCUCCCCUCCCACUUCUCUUGAGCACUUUCCCUCUGUUCUUCCUCAAUUAAGAAAGUAACAGGAAGAGUUUAUGCUGCAGCUAACAGCAGUACAAGGUUCUAUGACUUCAGUCACCUAACCUGUCAUGAUGAAAUUUGGACUAGAGGGUAGUGUUGUUCAGAGUCCACUUUACACAUAGCAGCCUCCUAACAGAGCUUGUAAUACAGACACAGUCAAGACCCAAGAAACAAAUUCCUCUUCCCCUCCCCACUGCAACUUUCCUAAGAUAGAGGACACAGACCUCUACAAGCACCCAAAUAGGUGCAUGAGUGGAUAAAGGCACAGAGAGGAAGAACUUAAUGAUGUGUGAACUGGGUCUUUCUAACUAAGCUCAAGGCUUGGAUUAGAUUAGCCACACCUUUGCAGGAAAGCCAGCUGUUAAACAUUUACUGCAGUACAAAUAGGUAAUUUCCAUGCUAAGUCUCCAGCUGUGCAGGUGUAGUAAAGGGAUCUUUAACCACAGGUCAAGGUCUUUUCAAGCAGGUGUAGAAGAGGCACCAGAAGAACUGUCUGCUGCAAACGCAACAGCUUCAGGUAUUUAUAAAAUUGAAUACAAUUUGUAUUCAAUUUCCAAAUGUCCUAGUUCAGAAGAUUAACUAUGAUUUAUCAAAAGAGACAGGAACUUUCUAAGGUCAUAUGUAUUUUCUAUCUUUAGGUCUACAGAGCUUGUAUCUAGACUGCUUUCUCUUUGAAGGAGAAGGAAGCUAUUCAGAGCAGCUUCUGUAUUUUGUUUAACUUUGGUGAUCUGACAUAAUUCCAAAAUGGAAAGUGUAUACUUCAAUAUUUAGGCUACUUAAGAAGUAACAAAAGUCUCAGAAAACUGAAGUCUGAGCUGGUGCUCCCAGUCAAGUGUGACUUGCUGAGGCUGAAAACACUUUACAUAAUUUUCACAAACUGUUUAGGAUGCAGACAUAAGAGGCAACAAGUCAGGCAAAUAUUCUGAAAUAAAGACCUCUUCCUGCAUUAGGUCUGUAGUCAAAUUUGGGGAAAAGUGUGAGAAAUAAUCCAGUCUUCCUUUCCUUUGAGAAGUACCUAGUAACGAAGCUUUAGUAAAGCCCCAAGAUACUCUAAAACAGAUGAUAUAUUGUUCUUUAAGACAGCUGAUAGUGAAGUUAUUAUGCAAAGUAUCACUGACAGAGCAAGUGUGUAUAGCCCACUGAGAUCCCACUUUAAAUUACUGCUGAAUUUAAGUACUUAACAGGCAGAAAACUUAUACUUCUAUUGCAGAGUAACCCACAAUGUGUGGCUCAACAUUAAAACCAUGAACAGGAGACAAUUCCCAUGCAAGUGACUGCUCUAAGCUGUAUGGAGAUGACAAGCUCUAUGUUAAGUUCUGUACUUGCUGUUGGUGUGUUUGGUUGGUUUUGUUUGUUUUUAAGUAAGUGUUCUUUUAAUUUCCAGUGUGUUUUCAGAACUUAAGUGCUCUACUCUCAUUUUCAGAGAUUUUCUUUCCACUGGAAUUAAAGGUUUCCCACUCAAUGCUCGUCUUUUAUGUAUGGGCUGUACAGUUGACAGCUGAAGGAUUCACAUGGAACAUGCUGGGAGAGGUGCUAUAUUAAAAAUAUUGAUAGGCUACGAUUAAAGUAAGUCUCAGCUGCCAAAAUCUUGCAAAGCCAGAUUUCCUCUCUACGUCUCUGAAGAGCUGACUGCUAAAGUAGCCUCAGUUAUGCUGCUUCUGGUUUAUGCUCCAGAUUCUGUGAAUAAUGACUCUAUUUUUCAGAAGAGGGACACUUACCAGCGUACAGAGCAUGUGUGGCUAUAGUGGUUCAGAGCAUAGAGGGGAUAUGUCAAUAUCUGAUACAGCUCUUGUUUAACUCCAGCAGGGUGGAAGGCACCAUGUCAUCAGUACAAGAGAAAUCCUCAGCUCUGGAGGAACUAAGGAACCGGCUUGCAACAAGUGACUGGGCUAUUGCAGGGCUAGUGGUGAUUGGCAUCUUCUGCCUUGUUUUUGUUGCUUUUCUCUUAAUUGCGGCCAUCUUUGGGUGCUGCUCAUCACCAAGGCACAAACGGACUAGGGCAUAAACAGUGAAGCUGAGAUGCAGUACUUGGAGCCCUGCAUUUAAGCAAGAAUCAGCCCAGCAACAAUAUGUUGUUCUCAUCUUCUGUCUCUGGGUGGUUAUUUUCCCUUGUACAGCUUUCCCACGUUGAGAACGACGCACCAAUGCCAGCAGGUUGUUCUGAAAGUCCACGGCAAACCCCAUGCAUAAGGCAAUCUGUAUUCAGGAAGUGAAUGAGGACUCUGGUAUUUCGCUAAUUAUGUCUCUGCCUGAUUUUCGUCUUUGAAGCAAAACCACAGGAUAAACUUGCCAAGUGGUCAGCAACUACCUUAAAACAAUGAAGAUGUCUUCCACUACUGCAAUUACUUGUUUGUUUUUCUAUUUUGCAAAGGGGCAUUAGGAAACUGAUCAGCAGAAGCUUUGUCUGAAUCAGUUCUCUAAAAUCAGCUUAUACAGUUGUUCUCCUAUCGUACUCGAACAAUAUCCUAAAUACACUAUGCAAAAAAUUUGCCUGCCAGAAUACAAA